CGUUACCCAUAGUAGCUGCACUCGCUUAGAAUCGUCGAUAGCUCCGACGAGUUUCCGACAUGAAUCUACGAGCAAGUGUAUUAACGACCGUGUGGGUCGUAGUUGCUACUGCUGUCGUCCGUGGAUCACCUGUAGGAGACUGUCCGCCAGUAGAUCCGGUGGACCACACAGACCAUCUACCAGACAGCAAAAACUGUUCACUUUUCUACAAAUGUGAUCACGCAGCACCUGUACUGUUUGUGUGUCCUGAUGGACUGCACUUCAACCCUACACUGGAAGUAUGUGACUGGCCAGAAAAUGCAGGUUGUGCAGGUGGAUCAGCAUCAACUUCAGGUCCCAGCUCCACAGCUGCUCCUACAAGUGCUGCCACUACAGCUGCUACAACAUCAGCACCAAGCUCAACAGCUAACCCUGUUCCAUCAGGAGACUGCCCAGCUGUUGGCACAUGUCCACAAAAUGAAGAUGAGAAUUCUAUCGCUAAGCACCUUCCCCAUGCCUCAAACUGCAGUCAGUUCUGCAAAUGUGACCACGGUAAACCAGUGACAUUCGACUGCCCUGCUGGACUCCACUUCAACCCUACUCUGGAGGUAUGUGACUGGCCAGAAAAUGCAGGUUGUGCAGGUGGAUCAGCAUCAACUUCAGGUCCCAGCUCCACAGUUGCUCCUACAAGUGCUGCCACUACAGCUGCUACAACAUCAGCACCAAGCUCAACAGCUAACCCUGCUCCAUCAGGAGACUGCCCAGCUGUUGGCACAUGUCCACAAAAUGAAGAUGAGAAUUCUAUCGCUAAGCACCUUCCCCAUGCCUCAAACUGCAGUCAGUUCUGCAAAUGUGACCACGGUAAACCAGUGACAUUCGACUGCCCUGCUGGACUUCACUUCAACCCUACUCUGGAGGUGUGUGACUGGCCAGAAAAUGCAGGUUGUGCAGGUGGAUCAGCAUCAACUUCAGGUCCCAGCUCCACAGUUGCUCCUACAAGUGCUGCCACUACAGCUGCUCCAACUUCAGCACCAAGCUCAACAGCUAAACCUGCUCCAUCAGGAGACUGCCCAGCUGUCGGCACAUGUCCACAAAAUGAAGAUGAGAAUUCUAUUGCUAAGCACCUUCCACAUGCCUCAAACUGCAGCCAGUUCUGUAAAUGUGACCAUGGGAAACCGGUGACAUUUGACUGCCCUGCUGGACUCCACUUCAACCCUACUCUGGAGGUAUGUGACUGGCCAGAAAAUGCAGGUUGUGCAGGUGGAUCAGCAUCAACUUCAGCUCCUAGCUCCACAGCUGCUUCUACAAGUGCUGCCACUACAGCUGCUCCUACAAGUGCUGCCACUACAGCUGCUCCAACAGCAGCACCAAGCUCAACAGCCCAACCUACAGAGGCCCCAUCAGGAGACUGCCCAGCAGUAGGCUCCUGCCCACAAUAUGAAGAUGAGAACUCUAUUGCUAAACACCUUCCUCAUGCAUCUGACUGCACCAAGUUCUGCAAAUGUGACCAUGGGAAACCUGUCACUUUCGACUGCCCUGCUGGACUCCACUUCAACCCUACUCUGGAAGUAUGUGACUGGCCAUAUCGUGCUGGCUGUGCAAAUAAAUCAGGAUCAACCGCAGCUUCUAGCUCAUCUACAGCUUGACCAACAAGUAUGCCUAUACAGAUGGUCCAGCAUCAGCUACAUCAACUACUGCUGCACCAAAGAGCUCCGUAGGGGCAGGUGAUCAAGACUCUUACAAGUGAAUGAAAUCAUAUCGUGCUUAUGAUCUAAUCCUUAUUGCCCAGUAUCUUACAUAUAAAACCAACUGUACUGUAUAUUGUAGACGAUGUAGCAAUAACCUGGGUAUGUUUGGGUGUCUACAUUUCGGUGUAAAACUACAGAAUUUUGACUGGCCUUGUUGUACUGGUUGUGAAUCACUGAAAAGUGCAUUUAUGUAUUUGAAGUGUAUAUUAUGUUAAAAAUGUUAUGCUAAUGUGAUUAUGUAUUGUACAUAUUCCUUUCAGAACACAUAAUAAAGUCAUACGU